CACUUCGCUGGCUGCUCCAAGGCUCCCGGCUCGCCGCCAUCUUGUGUUGGGGCUUCAUUGUUCGCGCUGGGCCGGGUGGUUUAGUGUAAUUGCCGCCGAAGCAGGGGGCGGAGUAACCUCCGGUCGGCCGAGAAACCCCGCUAUUUCACAGACAUAGCAGCUCAAAAGAUUUGUGAGGUAGUAAAGGGUAGAGAGCUGGACCCGGAGGCGCCGCCGCGACAGCAGCAGCCAUGGAGGAUGAAAUGCCUAAGACUCUUUGCCCAAGGAGGAUGUUUACUUUCCAGUUCUGCACAAGAUUGGUACAUGGUCUCAGAGGUGAUGUAAUAAAUAUCAACAUGGGAUACUUCAGUCUAUGCUGUUAACAAAAAGUUCAUGGAACACAUAGAAAGGGAUAUUUUAACGUUCUUGAAUAAAAAGCAUCUUGAAAAAUUAAAACUACAUAAAUGUAAGAAAUUUACAUUUUUGUUUAGUAGUCCAGUUGACAUUGUGACAGGGAAUCUUGGCUUACAACUGCUCCAGUAUCAAUUUUUGUAUCACUCAGAAUUUUCUUAAAUGCAAGCUGCAAAAAAAUUCAGGCAUAAAAGGAAUUUGUUUAAAAAGAUAUUGGACACUCCCAGAAUUUGCAGGAAGGUUAUGGAACCUGGCUUAGAAAAUGUUCAGGAAAGAGAGACAAGUAACUGUCAGGCCUACAGUCCUAAUCAAGCCACAGACCAUCCCAGAAAGGGUACUGCUGCCACACCUACUGAGGACCUGAUACUACAGCUUCCACUUUCACUGGGCAUGGGACUCUGCAGCUCUUUGCCACCAAAGUGGAUUCUCUUCAGUCUCUGCUUCUUUCACCCCCUAUCUUUGUCUUCUGUGUUCAGGACUGGUAUCUGUAAUUGAGCUAGCCCAGAUCACAUGCAAGGGAGACUAUAUAACCAUAUUUAGCCUUUUCAUCUUCUGAAGAGGAGUCAGCCUUUGCCACAGGGUGAGGAUUUCUCUAAAAACAGGAAGAUAUUUGGCAGCCUAAAAGAAAAAAAAUCUGUUACACAGGUAACUUAAAUCCAUGCUGUUAAGAGGAAAUCCUUUCACUUCAGAAACAAAAGUAUGUGACAAAGUAUGGGACAACUAAAGAAACAUUUUUAUUAAAAUGGGAAUGAACUACAAGUAUAUAUGUUACUUGUAGUUUAUUGUAAUGGUGUCGAAGGUUGAGAGCAAGUUGUUGUGUAACUUCCUCUGAAGAGACUUUCUCUAAACAGGUGUGUGUAGGGUUAAUUGAUAAAGCCUCCUGGAACAUAUAGUAUACAGCAGGCCACAUUAAAUAAACAAACAUAAAGGCAAUACAGACCUUAGUGCUUUUUAAAGUAUCUUUUAUUAUUAUUAUUAGCUAUCUUCAAACUACGUAAAUCACUUAGAAAAUAUUUCUGAGAAAAUCUUAAAGUUUUGCAAAGAGUAAGUGAUAGACUCUGGGUUCGCUAAAUACUGUUCAGUUUGUCACUAGAUUAUCUACCUUUAGCAUAGCAGAUGUUAGAAUUAAAUUUUCAGGAGAGCCAUUUUUUUCAUUUAGACAUAUGCAAUCCUUAGGAUUUCUUAUAGGCACAAGAGUCGGGUAAGAAUAGAUACAGAAGAGUUGCAGAGAUAGUACAGAGUUCUCGUUUGAUCUUCACCCAGCUUCUCUUAAUGUUAACAUCUUAUUUAUAUAACCAUGAUAUAGUUAUCACAACUAAGAAAUUAACAUUGGUACAGUACUGUUAACUACAAACUUUAUUACCAUUUCCCCAUGCCACUAAUGUCCUUUUUCUAUUCCAGGAUCUAAUCCAAGAUACCACAUUGUGUUCAGUUGUCAUGUCUCUUUCCUGUAAUAUGUAAGGAGAUAUCUUUCAUUACUGUGGCACUUUUGAAGGGUACUGUUUCUCCACUGUACAGUGACUACUGUUUUUCUCGACAUACUGUCAGUUAGAAUUGAGUCACUAAGAGUAGCUGACCCUCAAGGAGAGGGAAAUUAAGCUUCACUUCAGAGAGGGAGGUGUAUCAAAGAAUUCUUGCCAGUAGCGAUGAUUACUAAGGUGUUUUAAUGGUGAUUUCUCUCAUUUCUUCUACAUUUAUUAAGUAGAAUUCUGUAAGAAAAAGCUAUCGCCCCCACACCCUAAUCUAGAAUUCAGUCAAGGAUUAUUCAUUGUAUUAGGUGGUCAGUGUCUUUUAAGUCCCUCUUAAUUAAAGACAGUCUUCCCGGGCUUCCCUGGUGGCGCAGUGGUUGCGCGUCCGCCUGCCGAUGCAGGGGAACCGGGUUCGCGCCCCGGUCUGGGAGGAUCCCACGUGCCGCGGAGCGGCUGGGCCCGUGAGCCAUGGCCGCUGAGCCUGCGCGUCCGGAGCCUGUGCUCCGCAACGGGAGAGGCCACGGCAGAGGAAGGCCCGCAUACCACAAAAAAAAAAAAAAAAAAAGUCUUCCCCUCUUUUUACUUUUUUUUAGGACAAUAAUCUUUUGAAGAUAAUCAAAUAAGUCACCUUAUAUAAUAUCCCACUUCUGGAUUUGUAUAAUUGUUUUAUAUGCCCAAUAUCCUGUAAACUUAGAUCUAGAUUUAAGGUUAGCUAGAUUCAAUUAGAUCUUUCUGAUUUGAAUACUUCAUAGAUGAUAUUAUAUAAUUCAUAUUGUACACACAAUGUCUCAUUGUUUAUCCAUAAAAUGAUUUAAAGUUUGAACACUGGGUCAAAGUGGCCAAAAGCUCUCACUUUUAAGGUGGGUUUUCCCUUUGCAGUUGUUAAGUGAUCUAUGUGAUAACUUAGGCACCCUGCAAAUAUCCAUUUUCUUACCAGCCUUUCACCUAAUAGUUUUAUAUCCAUUAAUAGUUCACGCCUGAGUCAAUUUUUCAGUCAGGCUUACAUGUUGCCAAUUUAAUGCUCUGUGUCUACAUUUAUUGGCUAGCAUUUUUCUAUAAAGGAAUUGUUCAUUGUUCCUUAAGACUCAGCACUUCUCCCUUUGCCAUUUUAACCUAUACCUGUGCCUUCACAGUAAGCAUUCAAUAGUCUGUUGAAUGGGUAAAUGGAAGGAAGGAAUUGAAUCCACACUUUCUGGCAUGUAUAGAUGUUUAUUUUUCUAGGGAGAGAGUCCAUACCUUUCAUCACAUUCCCUGAAGGAUUCUUAGCAGAAGAAUGAGAAACUACAGUUGUUGGGAGACAACAUUCUCUGAUUUCAGAAGUAAUAAACCUCUAACAUGUCUGGAGAUAUGUCGGUAACCUUUCCCGAGAUGUGACAGAAGCUUUAAUUCUCCAGCUCUUUAGCCAGAUUGGACCUUGUAAAAACUGCAAAAUGAUUAUGGAUACAGCUGGAAAUGAUCCAUAUUGUUUUGUGGAGUUUUAUGAGCAUCGUCAUGCAGCUGCAGCACUAGCUGCUAUGAAUGGGCGGAAGAUAAUGGGUAAGGAAGUCAAAGUGAAUUGGGCAACAACCCCCAGCAGUCAAAAGAAAGAUACAAGCAGUAGUACCGUUGUCAGCACACAGCGUUCACAAGAUCAUUUCCAUGUCUUUGUUGGUGAUCUCAGUCCAGAAAUUACAACUGAAGAUAUAAAAGCUGCUUUUGCACCAUUUGGAAGAAUAUCAGAUGCCCGAGUGGUAAAAGACAUGGCAACAGGAAAGUCUAAGGGAUAUGGCUUUGUCUCCUUUUUCAACAAAUGGGAUGCUGAAAACGCCAUUCAACAGAUGGGUGGCCAGUGGCUUGGUGGAAGACAAAUCAGAACUAACUGGGCAACCCGAAAGCCUCCAGCUCCAAAGAGUACAUAUGAGUCAAACACCAAACAGCUAUCAUAUGAUGAGGUCGUAAAUCAGUCUAGUCCAAGCAACUGUACUGUAUAUUGUGGAGGUGUCACUUCUGGGCUAACAGAACAAUUAAUGCGUCAGACUUUUUCGCCAUUUGGACAAAUAAUGGAAAUUCGAGUCUUUCCAGAUAAAGGAUAUUCUUUUGUUCGGUUCAAUUCCCAUGAAAGUGCAGCACAUGCAAUUGUUUCUGUUAAUGGAACUACCAUUGAAGGCCAUGUUGUGAAAUGCUACUGGGGCAAAGAAACUCUUGAUAUGAUAAAUCCCGUGCAACAGCAGAAUCAAAUUGGAUAUCCACAAGCUUAUGGCCAGUGGGGCCAGUGGUAUGGGAAUGCACAACAAAUUGGCCAAUAUAUGCCUAAUGGUUGGCAAGUACCUGCAUAUGGAAUGUAUGGCCAGCCAUGGAACCAGCAGGGAUUUAAUCAGACACAGUCUUCUGCACCGUGGAUGGGACCAAAUUAUGGAGUGCAGCCUCCUCCAGGACAGAAUGGCAGCAUGAUGCCUAAUCAGCCUGCAGGGUAUCGAGUCGCAGGGUAUGAAACCCAGUGAAAAAGGACUCCAGAAUCUAAAGCCAGUGGCUUAAGGCUACAGGGAGUGUAGUGAAGCCGUUGUUUACUUAAAGAUUUAUCAAAUCAGUCAGUGCAAAUGUCAGAUACAAUGUAUUUAUUUAAAAGAUUCAUUUUUUAAUCAUGAAAUUACUUACCAUCCACAUUGUUUUAAAAAGAAACAAUAUGCUGGAUGUCUGCCAAUUUUUGCCUUCAUUACCUUUUUUGAUAAAGUUUCUCAAAUCCUUGUUUCAAAUACAAAUGCAGGGAUUGCUGCCACUUUUUUAAAAUUGAGGCAGAAAAUUGCACAACGUUGAACUUUUUUCCACUGAAGUAGUGUGCAGUUCUAGUUUGCAUUCCUGAUAUGAUUUAAAACAUGUAAUAUAAAGAUGUAAAAAAAAAAAAAAGAAAAAAGGAAAACCAAAACUGUGCAGAGUCUAGAAGUUCUUUGUAAUCUUCAGCUUAUGCACAAUUCUAUUUUAGGUUUUUUUGAAAUAGGCAUUGUUUGAGCUGUCCCAUCUCCACUGUUUUCCCUUUGGGGUUUUUAAAUAUAAGUUAUUAGUUUACAUCAUUUUUGUAUCUACAUUUUUUUCACAAAUUUGUCUUGCCUUAUUAAAGUUCUAUAAAAUAUACUUAAAUGGAAAAAAAUGAUCUUUAGAUUGAAAACUUUUCUCAGAUGGAUUGAUAAUUGCAUUCAUCUUGUGUUUUAUAUGAGAAGGUGCCUCAAGAAUUCCCUGUUGAAUUUGUUUAAAAGGGUUUUUAUCUUCUGUGAUAAACUUUGCUGUGUACCAGGAAAUAUAAAAACAAAAACUUGUUACUAAAGAAAAUUGUGAUAAGUUCUUAUGAACCCAUGUUAAUUUCACAUGUCAACUUCUACAUUUACAUGUAUCCUUUCAUUAUGUAAAAUGUUUUAGCAAUUUAAUAUUUUGCACAGUUAGCAAACUUUGUAUGUCAUUUCCUCCUUAAAGGCAUCAUGCAGAGUUGACAGGAGAUUUACAAGGUUUUGUUUGCAUGUGAAUAUCAAAUACACACUUUGGUAGUCUUUGAAUACAAAGUCAUCUGCUCUUGUUUUUGAAGAACUUUGAGACACAAAGUUGUAUGUAAAGAAAUAUAUUAAUUUGCCAUAUUCUAGUUAUAUUUACUCAAAAAGAGUAAAUCAACUUGAUUUUAAUAUGUACAAAUGAUAGCUGUGAAACUGUAGAAUAUCCUUAUGUCAGGCUUGGGGUUCCUUGUGAACUCCAAAAUUAGCCUGAAAGACCAGCCGGGCAAAGCAUUUUUUAAAUGUUCAGAGGCCAAAAGAUAAACAAACAAAAAACCGUGAAAUCCUACCUCCUUAAACAGCCUUCAAAGAGGAGAAUCCUCAGUGCAAUCAUUACUUUGAUUCUUUUGGUACCUGUUUUCCUGGAGUUCCCAAUUUUAUUAUUUUGGGGUGGCUCCGAGCAUUAAGAGGUUUAAUCUUUGAUGGCAUUGUUCUAGUUUUGAAAUUUCUAGUAUAUUUCAGUCUCUUAGAAGAAUUGUGGGAGAUUUUGUUUUGUUUUGUUUUCAGCGAAAGUCACAACUCUCCUCUUCUUUGACUCACAAAGGGGAAGGGUCCCCAGUAUACAUAUUUGGAUGCUUGGUUGUUUUUAAGACCAGAGAGCUCCUGGUGUUUUAUUUAGGAACAGAAAAGGCCCAUGGAAUCCUAAGAGUUUCCUGGCCUGUAUCCUCCAGGUAGGAGCAGAUGACUCUAAGCUGGUCUCUAAGCCAAUACUCCUGUAAACCAGAGCCCAGGAAAGACAGCUCAUAAAUGUAUAAUUCUCUGGAGCUCAAUUCUAUGCAGUUGUACUGAUGUUUCAUCAAGUCACUGUGUAUUUUCUAAGUGUUGAUAAAUUAAAAGUUGCUUUAUGGAAGAUGAGUAAAUUUUUUAAACACUUGGAAAUUUUAUUUCCUUGUUAAUUAACCUUCUACAGAUCAGGGCAUGCAACCAAAAGCAGCUUAAAUACUCAAAAAAUAAAAUAACAGGAUGUUGUUUUUAGAUUCUUCUGGUUUAUGUUCCUAUUUUAGGACCCUCACUUUUAUUCAAAAGUAUUUUAUGUCCUAUACAUCUGUGGAUUGCAGGGUAAAUUAUUUGGGCAUAAAUAAUCCAAGCAAAAGUAUAGUUUUUCUUUCAUCUUGACUAUCUCAAGAAAUAACACUUUUUAUUAGCCAAUAUUUUCUUAUUGCACAAUUCUAAAAUGUACAUUGACUACUUUUUGAGAAGAAAGUAGCAUUACUCAAAGGCUUAUUACUACUGAACAAAUUUGCAAUUCAGGAACAUUGCUAACUUUGCUUUAAAUCUUACUCUCAGUGUUAAAUCAUUUAAAAAAUUUACAGUCUAAAAAUCAUACUGGUAUUAGUAUCAGGUAAGGAAAUUAAAGUUUUUUAAAUGGAUUCAUUCUCUGCAAUAUGCAUUCAGAUUUUACUUUAAAAUACAUCUGGUACUGUAAAGAACCUAAAGUGGUUCACACUUAAUGGGUCAUUAAUCCAGUAUUCUUUGCCCUGACUGUUUGGAUAUUAAAGUUCCUUUAUGUUUUCUAUAACCUUUGGGAUCUUCUUGCAGUGAUUAUUGUGUGUGAGAUUUUUUUUUUUCUUUUUGGUCUAGUCAUAUUGUUAUAUUCACUCAGGUAUUUGUUAGAUUUCUUUUUAAUCUUAUUUCAGAAACCAUGGUUUGCAUUGGGUUACUGUUUGAUACCACAAAGAAUUGCUGUAGAUUUAACUCACUAUGAAAUCAGGAUCUCAUUUUCCUUGUUAAUAUUCUCUCCCUGUUGAAAAUGAGAUUCACAUUCUAGUUUUAUUCUUCUCCUGUUUUGUCCCUGUGCUUACUCAGCUUCCUUUUGUAUGUGUUAGAGUUCUAUUACUUUUGAGAAGGUGGUUGAUAAGGACUAGUUUGCAUACACAAAGAGAAGUUUACCAAGAGCUACAGGGUGCUUUUGAGGUUACAGUUGAAUUGGAAAAAUAAAAUGUGUUUGUAGGAAAUAAAGAACAAACCCUUUCAAUGAAAGAGUGAUGAUUUCUAAAAAUCUUUUUGUAGGGCGUUGUUACGUUUUUUUCCAGUCACUGCAUUUUGCCUAUUUAGAACUUAAAGAACAUACCUCCAAAACAACAAAUUUUAAUUUAAGACCCUUGAUAAAAUGUAUGUGAAUGUUUCUGAGUUGAAUAGGACUUUACACUAUGGUCUCUAAAGUUGAAGGCUGAAGUUAUUCUGAUAGUAAUUCACCUAAAAAAGGGAAAAGUAGAUUUCUGACUCAGGGUUAAUAAGCUCGGGUGAGAGGCUGUGCAGAAAAUAGUUAUUAAGUAGUUUUAUAUACUAGAUAAAUGAGAUCCCUAGCUCCUUAUUUGUGUUCAGCUCUAGAAAACCAACAGCCACACUUCAACACACCAGGCAAGAUUUGGAGGCUCCUACUGUGGAAAAACUAAGCAACUCUUGAGUGAAAAGACAUAUGCUGACAUUUGAGGGUCCCCUCCAAAAAGUAAUUGACCAAGAGUCCCCUUACAGUGGAGCAUACCAAUCAGUAGGCCCUGCCCACGUACACAAACCUUCCAAACAGGUUUUUAGUGCUUCACUUCUAAAUAAAGACAGCCAAAGAUCACCAGAAAUUGAGAAAAACUUUGAUUGUAAAAGGUAGAGCUAAAUGAAAGCAACUGUCAAGAAUCAGAAAACUUCAACAACUAUCAUAUCCUCAAAUAAGAUACUGUACUCAAGAAAUUAGAACAGGAUACUAAUAAAAUGUCACAACAAGAAAUUAGAAUAUGAAUAAAUUCAGUGAGAAUAUUAAAAGAUGAGAUGUUCUAUAACAAAUCAAAAGUGUAGGGAAAAAAAGAAAUAUGGAUCAAUUCAGGAGGU